AUUAAGGACACGAUAAUCUGCAUCACACAGAGGCUCUUAUGAGGAUGCAAGACUGAAUCUCUGUUAUUGCAUGAGGUGAUUACAAAGGAGAGACUACGGCAACCAUUUCCUGUCAAGAUCGCAAGCAGCUAGGGUGGAGGCAUCAGGCAGUGCACAGACAACACAGAAGCAGCAUCUGUAUGAGUGAGACAAGGACCUGAAUCUAAUGGUGGAGCACCAGAGCUGCGCAUCAUUAUCAUCGGGACUCCCAUCACCAUCUCCAGCGCUCUGGAUCAAGUGUGCACACUCUAAAUAGAUCUGAGAUGCCUGACAAACCACCUGUUUUGACCAGGCUCCAUCUCUGACAUCAUGCUGCGAGCAAGAGGGGCAGCCACUUCUCUUGUACUACUGCCGCUAUGCUGUUGCCUCGUAUGCCACUCACUGAGGAUUCCAAACCUCUCCACCUAUGCAAAAGCAGAAGACAAACUGUUUAAAUACCUUUUUCAAGACUACCAGAAAUGGGUUCGUCCAGUGCAAUACCUAAACCAGACAAUCUGCGUGAAAUUCGGACUGGCAAUCUCACAGUUAGUUGAUGUGGAUGAGAAAAACCAGCUGAUGACUACCAACGUGUGGAUGAAACAGGAGUGGGUUGACAUGAAACUCAGAUGGAACCCUGCUGACUAUAAGGGCAUCACAACUAUCCGAAUUCCAUCUGACAGGAUCUGGCUCCCUGAUGUUGUCCUGUAUGAUAACGCCGACGGUCGUUUUGAAGGCACUGUCACCAAGGCUGUUGUUAAAUAUGAUGGAACAAUAUUGUGGACACCACCAGCUAAUUACAAAUCGGCCUGCACCAUUGAUGUCACCUUCUUCCCAUUUGACCUCCAGAACUGUUCAAUGAAGUUUGGCUCAUGGACAUAUGAUGGCUCCCAGGUGGACAUUAUUCUGGAGGACUUCCAUGUAGAUAAGCAGGACUACUUUGACAAUGGUGAAUGGGAGAUAGUGAAGGCUACAGGCAGUCGUGGUCUGAGGACGGACAGCAGUGCUACCUAUCCCACCAUCACCUAUUACUUCAUUAUCCGCAGAUUACCUCUUUUCUACACACUCUUCCUCAUCAUCCCCUGUAUCGGCCUGUCCUUCCUCACCAUCCUUGUCUUUUAUUUGCCUUCCAAUGGCGCAGAGAAGAUCUCCCUCUGCACCUCAGUACUAGUGUCACUCACCAUUUUUCUCCUGGUCAUUGAAGAGAUCAUCCCAUCUUCAUCAAAGGCCAUCCCUCUAAUUGGGGAGUACCUCGUCUUCACCAUGAUGUUCGUCACGCUCUCCAUCAUUGUGACUGUCUUCGCUAUCAAUAUCCACCACCGCUCCUCCUCCACGCAUCACAACAUGGCUCCCUGGGUGAAAAGGAUUUUCCUGCACAGUUUACCUAAGCUUUUGUGCAUGCGCAGCCAUGUGGACCGUUAUGGCACUUCUGGAAUAACAACAACCAAAGGAGGAACCGUAGUAGGAUCAGGUGUGAUGAAGGACACAGAGCUGGCAUCCCUCCCCUACACAAGACAUAACCUACAAGCAGCUUUGGAUUCUAUUCGCUACAUAACCAUGCAUGUGGUUAAAGAAAAUGACGUCAGAGAGGUGGUGCAAGACUGGAAGUUUGUAGCCCAAGUCCUUGAUCGAGUGUUUCUGUGGGCCUUCCUCCUCGUGUCAGUUCUGGGUGCUGCUAUUCUCUUCAUCCCAGUCAUUCACAAAUGGGCCAGCAUCAUCGUCCCUGCAAGCAGCUUCUAAAGACCUGGCUUCCUUUAAAGGCAAUCUGCACUUUUUUUUUUUACAUUAGUCAUACUAAAAUGUUGCUAGCAAU